AUGAGGAACAAAUAUGCCAUCAUCAUCAUCUGCAUCGUGGCUCUUGUCAUCAUUGAAAAGGAGAACAAUAUCAUCUCAAGGGUCUCUGAAAAGCUGUCUCUAAGACAGACUCCGCAGGCCACCCCAGAGCUUCCGUUGGUAUACAAUGUCACCAGCGCCCCCGUAGUCGACGACAACCGCUCCUUCACCGUCCUAAGCCAAGACUUUCCCACGUUUCCUCAAAUCAACAUCGAUGAGGAAAACGACACCCAGCCCCGGCCUCAGCCCCACGAGGCCGUUCAGGGCGGGCACAAGCACGUCCUCCUACUGGCCACCACCCGCACGGGUUCCUCCUUUGUCGGGGAGUUCUUCAACCAGCAGGGCAGCGGCAUGUUUUACCUUUUCGAGCCGCUGUGGCACGUGGAGAGGAUGCUGACUUUGGAGACGGGCGGCAUCAACGCCACCGUGUCCUCGCGGGCGUACAGAGACGUGCUCCAGCGUCUCUUCCUGUGCGACUUUAACCUGCUAGAGCAUUUCAUCAGCCCUCCUCCUCAGGACCACGUCACUCCUUCGCUGUUCCGCCGUGAAUCCAGCGCCGCCCUGUGUGAAGAGCCGGUCUGCACGCCGGUCGUGAAGGACGUUUUCGAGAGGUACCACUGUAAGAACCAGAGAUGUGGGCCGCUCAACUUGACCCUGGCCUCCGAGGCCUGCCUGAGGAAGGAACACAGGGUCAUCAAGACGGUGAGGGUCCGUCAACUCGAGACGCUUCGGCCUCUGGCUGAAGACCCGCGCCUUAACGUUAAACUCAUUCACCUGGUGAGGGACCCACGGGCCAUCCUGGCCUCCAGGAUGGUGGCUUUCGCCAGUAAAUAUCAGAACUGGAAAAGCUGGGCGGAAAACGGAGAGGUUCCCAUCGAAGACGAGGAGGUGAAGCACCUCCAAGGAAACUGCAACCAGAUCCGUUUGUCCGCGGAGCUGGGCUUGAGUCAGCCCCACUGGUUGGCGAAUCGCUACAUGCUGGUGCGCUUUGAGGAUAUCGCCAGGUACCCCAUGCAGAAAGCUGCGGAGAUGUACAGGUUUACUGGAAUUCCUUUCACGUCGCAGGCAAAAGAAUGGAUCCUGAAGAACACACACACGUCAGAGAGUGCCAGCGGAGUGUAUUCCACGCAGAAAAAUUCCUCGGAACAGGUGGAAAAGUGGAGGUUUAGUAUUCCUUUCAAACUGGCACAAGUUGUGCAGGAGGUCUGUGGGCCUACCAUGAAACUUUUCGGGUACAGAUUUGUUGACGACGAAGGAACACUAGUCAACAAGUCAUUCAGUUUGCUUGAAGAAAAGGAAUUUCAUGUGUCUUAG